AUUUUAUAUACACUGCAGGCAGUAUUGGAGAGUCAGUGAUCCUUUCUUGUAGUUUUCAGUCAUCGCUUGUACGUCGAAUAAUACUGUUGAAAAGAAGAAAAGUUCAGUAACGGUAUAGAUAAUGCGUCUAGGAAGGAAACACUUUGAAAUAGCCACAAAAUGGAUUCCAUCCGCAGCAACAUACGGAACAGCAGCUGGCUUAGCUCUGGUUUAUUUUACCGAUUGGAGGGUAAUAGCUGAAUACAUACCAUACUAUGGGGGCAAAUUUAAUAAAUAGACCAUAAAAGAUGUUUAUAUUGAUAUAUUAUGUAAUAAACUAUAGGACAAUGUAAUAGUUGAUUAUAUUAUUUAUUAAAUGUAUGAACAUAGUCAUAGGCUACAUCUGAA